AUGUGUGGUCGCUACGUGCUGGCCCUGCGGCCUUCUGAGGUCCGCCAGCAGCUCGAGCAGUCGCAGAUGCCUGUAGAAGAGGCACCCGACGACGAUAGUAACGUGCGCCAAAGCUACAACUUCGCUCCCGGUUACCACGGUCUCGUAUACCGAGCAGAUGGUCCCGAAACAGGUGACCAGCAGGAAGCUACGACCGAAGACACAAAGUACAAGCUGCAGUCUAUGCAGUGGGGACUCGUGCCCUUUUGGACAAAGCGCAACCCAGACUAUGGCUCCAAGAUGAAGACAAUCAACUGCCGCGACGAUUCUCUGAUUGAAGAUCGCGGCAUGUGGACAACCAUGAAGAAGAAGAAGCGCUGCAUCGUCGUCGCACAGGGCUUCUACGAAUGGCUGAAGAAGAACGGGGGCAAAGAGAAGAUACCACACUUUACUAAACGCAGAGACGGUCAGCUCAUGUGUUUCGCUGGUUUGUGGGACAGUGUGCAAUUUGAAGACUCUAGCGAGAAGCUCUUUACCUACAGCAUCAUCACCACCGAUUCAAACAAACAGCUCAGCUUCCUGCACGAUCGUAUGCCUGUCAUAUUGGACAAUGGAUCUGAUGCAGUGCGGACCUGGCUCGACCCAAAUAGGGCGGAAUGGAGUAAGGAGUUGCAGGAGCUGUUGAAACCGUAUGAGGGUGAGCUGGAAUGCUACCCGGUCAGCAAAGACGUUGGCAAGGUCGGCAACAACUCGCCCUCUUUCCUCGUACCGAUAAACAGCGCGGCGAAUAAGAACAACAUUGCCAACUUCUUUGGCAAUCAAAAGAAAGCCGCUGAAUUCAAGGCAGCUCAUGGAAAGAACAUGGUGAAAGUCGAGCACGACGACAAUGAGACGCGUGCUACGACUGACCGAGUCGAGACUACCGAAGAUAAUGCGCCGUUGCCCGUACCUGGGACGUGUGAGUCAAAAGGUAUCAAGCGAGAGCACCAAGACGAGGAUAUGGUCGCCAGUAGCGCGGAAGGCGAGCCGCGAUCUAAACGGAUCGCGAUUGCGUCGCCUACCAAGAGUCUUGCAAAGAAGACUUCAACGCCUGCAAAGAAGCAGGGUACCAGGAGUGCUACGAGCAACGGCAGUGCAGCAAAGACAUCCAAGACUGAUGGCACACGGAAGAUUACCGCGUUUUUUGGUGGCAAGUGA